GCGUGUGUGGUAACAAGGAUUGUGGGAGCGAUGCUCAGUGCGUUGUGAGUGCCGAUGGCACUGCUGGUGUGUGCGAGUGCUUGGAUGGUUCUGCCUUCAAUGAACUUGAGAACACAUGCGAUGGUGGUGGGAGUGUGGCCAUGAUCGCCUCUGCAGACCCGUGUGCUGCCCUGGAUUGUGGCUCCACGGCUUCCUGCUCUCCCAACGCUGCUGGCGAUCCUGUGUGCGUGUGCUCCACCGCUGGUUUUAUCUUCAGCGACGUUUACAAGACGUGCUUUGGCCCCCUACUCCGCACGACGCUGGAGCUGCAGGGCCCCAACUCUGGGCGCAAGCGCAAGGCCAAGAAGCAGAGGCUCACUUUCUCCACCGAUGCGCCGGCAGAUGCGAUCGGUGGCACCACCGCGUGCACGGACCUGACCUCCAGCAUCGGCAGCCACACCAAGGCAACGGUCGUGUGGAGAGUCGCGAAGCUCGCUGGAGCUGAAAACGGCAUGUGCCAGAGCCUCACGUUCUACUCCGGCCCGGGCUGCUCGGGCCAGCCGGGCGUGACGAUCGCACGCCCUGCGUGGAAGGGCCGUGGCUACCCCGUCACGAAAGGGUGUGUGAGCGUUGUGCAGGGCACUUGUGUGAUGCAUGGCACAUGUGUGAUGCACGGCACAUGUGUGAUGCACGGCACAUGUGUGAUGCAUGGCACAUGUGUGAUGCACGGCACAUGUGUGAUGCACGGCACAUGUGUGAUGCACGGCACAUGUGUGAUGCACGGCACAUGUGUGAUGCACGGCACAUGUGUGAUGCACGGCACAUGUGUGAUGCACGGCACAUGUGUGAUGCACGGCACAUGUGUGAUGCACGGCACAUGUGUGAUGCACGGCACAUGUGUGAUGCACGGCACAUGUGUGAUGCACGGCACAUGUGUGAUGCACGGCACAUGUGUGAUGCACGGCACAUGUGUGAUGCACGGCACAUGUGUGAUGCACGGCACAUGUGUGAUGCACGGCACAUGUGUGAUGCACGGCACAUGUGUGAUGCACGGCACAUGUGUGAUGCACGGCACAUGUGUGAUGCACGGCACAUGUGUGAUGCACGGCACAUGUGUGAUGCACGGCACAUGUGUGAUGCACGGCACAUGUGUGAUGCACGGCACAUGUGUGAUGCACGGCACAUGUGUGAUGCACGGCACAUGUGUGAUGCACGGCACAUGUGUGAUGCACGGCACAUGUGUGAUGCACGGCACAUGUGUGAUGCACGGCACAUGUGUGAUGCACGGCACAUGUGUGAUGCACGGCACAUGUGUGAUGCACGGCACAUGUGUGAUGCACGGCACAUGUGUGAUGCACGGCACAUGUGUGAUGCACGGCACAUGUGUGAUGCACGGCACAUGUGUGAUGCACGGCACAUGUGUGAUGCACGGCACAUGUGUGAUGCACGGCACAUGUGUGAUGCACGGCACAUGUGUGAUGCACGGCACAUGUGUGAUGCACGGCACAUGUGUGAUGCACGGCACAUGUGUGAUGCACGGCACAUGUGUGAUGCACGGCACAUGUGUGAUGCACGGCACAUGUGUGAUGCACGGCACAUGUGUGAUGCACGGCACAUGUGUGAUGCACGGCACAUGUGUGAUGCACGGCACAUGUGUGAUGCACGGCACAUGUGUGAUGCACGGCACAUGUGUGAUGCACGGCACAUGUGUGAUGCACGGCACAUGUGUGAUGCACGGCACAUGUGUGAUGCACGGCACAUGUGUGAUGCACGGCACAUGUGUGAUGCACGGCACAUGUGUGAUGCACGGCACAUGUGUGAUGCACGGCACAUGUGUGAUGCACGGCACAUGUGUGAUGCAUCCUGUCUUCUUCUAA